AGCUCUCGCGCAUUUUCUUUCGGCCCUGCGUGUGUAUACAUUCGCUCAGCUGUUCUGAUUAGAAGUGAUCGCAGCUCAUCUGAUUGCACAAAUUCUCGAAGCUUUGGAAUUUAUUUUUAGCACACGUGCCAUGUCGGUUUGGUAUGAUCCUCGUGGAUUUUUGCUGCGUAAGAGCAUGUUAUUCGGUGUUUGAUUCGGUCGAUAUACGAACGUUUCUCGCUGAUUUAACAAAUUCGCUCGCUCUUCACGUUAGUUAUCACAAGUUUGACAUUAAUCCGAGAUCGAUGUACCCCGCAAAUUGACGCUCAAUUUUCACCGUGAUAGUUAAGGAUUAACCAUGAAGAAGACACGAUCGAAUAUUUUUCAUGACAUUUAUUACCAGCCAUACGAUGAUUGCACCAGGAUGAAGCUUUACUCUAGCAGUAAAGCAAGUCUUCAAAUGGUGCAGCGUAUGGCAUUAUUAAAAAGAUUAAAAGUUCAUAAUGGUUGUGUAAACUCUGUUUGUUGGAAUGCUACCGGUGAUUUGAUAUUAUCUGGUAGCGAUGAUCAACACCUUGUACUUACGAAUGCUUAUAAUUAUGAGGUGUUAACAGAUUGUAAAACCAGUCAUAGAGCUAACAUAUUUAGUGCAAAGUUUUUGCCUAAUAGUGGAGAUCAUCGAAUAGUUUCAUGUAGCGGCGAUGGCAUUAUUUUGUAUACAGAUUUAAUGAGAAGGACUAAAACAUUUCAUAAUCAAUUUAAUUGUCAUAGUGGUACUACUUAUGAAAUAGCAACAAUACCUGGCGAACCACAUAAUUUUCUAAGUUGUGGGGAAGAUGGAAGCGUAAGAUGGUUUGAUUUAAGAAUAAAAGAUAAAUGUAGUGCACCCAGAUGUACAGAGGAUGUAUUAAUUUCAUGCGAAAGAGCUAUAACUGCCUUAUCAGUAAACCUCACUUCACCCCAUCAAAUAGCAAUCGGUUGUUCUGAUAGUACUGUUAGAAUAUUUGAUAGAAGAACACUUGGCACACCAGCUACUGGCUGGACAGACAAGGCUAGAGCAGUAAGGCCUAUAUGCAGUUUCACUGUUCCAGAAUUUGAAGGAAAUUCUCAUAGAAUAACAUCCUUAAAUUACAGUCCCGAUGGGCAAGAUGUGCUUGUUAGUUACAGUAGUGAUCACCUUUACCUGUUCAAUGUGAAGGAUCAAGCUAGUGUACACUUGAAAAAAAGUAUUGGCACUGGAAAAGGAAUGGGUAAAAAGAAAAGGUUACGCUCACCGUUACCGGUACGUAGAUUAAGACUCAGGGGUGACUGGUCUGAUACUGGUCCCGAUGCUCGACCUGAAUGCGAAGGUGGUCGACGUAGUGGGACAGAAAUUGCUCAAGCCAGGCCAGUUCUUCAUACGUCGUUAAUGCAAAGAAUGACAGAUGUUCUCAGUAGAAUGUUAAAUGAUCCAGCCACCAGGGCAGCGUUGUGCGGUGGCGGUGAGGAUAGUUUGGAAGGUGUAAUUGAUAAUCAAGAAAACGCGCAACAUAACAACGAAAAUGUCACGGAAUCCACCGAGGAAAGGCAUAACGAAACUGAAGGAACAGAAAGAACUUCAGCUCAGAGUAAUCAGGAAGCAGAUAUUUCAGAACAACCCACUGACAGACCCGAAAAUCCAAGUUGUAGUGGUACACAAAGUAAACCUGAAACAAGUUAUUCCGCGGAAACGAAAGAAGAAGCAUCAUCGGAAACUAUGCCUUCUAAUGAAACAACCGAUGAAACAUCAGUUGAAUGCAAAUCGUAUGUUCCUAUGGAAACUGAAUCUAGUCAAGUAGAAUCACAAAAGUAUUCUGUCCAGCCUUGUUCUUCGCGCGAUGCGGAUAAUUCCAACGAUGCUCCGGAAGAAGAUCAAGUUAGUAGCGACGAUUCACCGUGUACCAGCAUGGGAAAUAAACAAGAAGGUCACAUGAUGAAAAACCUUCAAGAUAGACUGACGAAAAUGAGAGUUGGUUUUCUUGAAAAACACGGUAGCGAGCCUGCUGUGAGUUUAACUUACACAGACAAAAGUUCAACGAGUGCUACGAUAUCUCUCGGUGUAGCUGAUGAAAUGAUUCGCGAUGGUUAUCAUGCAGGACCAUCUGGAAGUUGCAGCAGCGGAACAUUCUCUGGCAGAAAUCAUGACAAACACAUACGAUAUAACAAUACACAAGAAAAGACUGAUGAAAGUGAUUUUACUGAUAGUGACGAUGAAGAUAUACAGUCUGGAGAAAGAUUAAGAAAUACAAUGGACAUGGACGAAGCCGUCGGCAAUGCUCGAUCGCGUCGAGGAUCUGCGACCUUUGAUAAACAGUGCGUAACGGAGCUUCGCGUGAAGCAAAAAUACAUGGGGCAUCGCAAUGCUAGUUUCUUUAGGACUAUGAUCAAGGAGGCGAACUUCUGGGGCAACGAUUUCGUCAUGUCGGGUAGUGAUUGUGGCCACGUCUUUGUGUGGGAGAAGGACACGGCGAGAUUGUGUAUGUUACUCGAAGCUGAUCAACACGUGGUGAACUGUUUGCAACCGCAUCCCUACUUGCCUUUGUUGGCUACCGCUGGUAUUGAUUACGACGUUAAACUCUGGGCACCGAUAAACGAGGAAUCUAGUUUCGACGAAAAGUUUGCCGAGGAUCUAAAAAAGAGGAACGCAGUCAUGUUGGAAGAGACCAAAGAUACAAUGACUGUACCUGCUGUAUUUAUGAUCAGAAUGCUGGCAUGUCUCAAUCAGAUACGCAGAGGACGCGGUCGGAACAGGCGGAGGGGCGGCGAUGAGAGCGGUGAAUUAAGAGGUGGCUAAGCCGUUUUCGACGAUAAUGCCGAUUGUGGGGAAAAAAGCGUCAAUCCGAUCCGAGGACGACUCCAACGAAAGCAUCUUAUCAACGUCGACGACUGACAAUUGAUUAGAAAAGUUCCAGCAAUUACAGCUAUAAAAAAAAAAAAAAGAAAUGGAAAAAAAUAGAAAUCUAUAUUUAUGAUUUAUCGUUACAAAAAUAAUUGAACGAAUAUUUAAUCUGAUAAGCUUUGAGUACCGUAUCAUUAUUGGUGAGAGAUAAGCCGUUUCUUUUGUUUUCUCUUCUCUGUCGGUUCUUUUUUCGUCCUUGUUCUAUUUAUAACGCGUUUCGCAUAAGUUACAUGUAUUUUGUUUUGCCGAUUUGUAUGAAAGUUACGAAGGCUUUGUCCCUUUCGUUUUUCUGUUUUUUUUUUUUUCUAUUUUAUAUACGGACAUUUCAAUGACAUUAUUGUUUUGAAUGGAACCACGUUAUUCAGCGUUUCAUGACGCAUUUAAUAACGCGAAGAUAAGACACGCGUAUGCGAGCAAUUCACGAGAUUUUUCUGGGUGAAUACAAAUGUGAAAGAUACAGAGUUCAAUUGUUGUUGUUAAUUUUUUAUAGAGUCAUGCGUAAUGUGAUUAUUAAUUACAAAGUAGUGCGACUAAAACAAACGUAUCUGGUUCCAUUUAAAGCACGAUACGUGUUAAAAUACAUUUAACUUUUCCUUUUAGAUAGUAGAGUAAUACAUUUCUGUGUCGUUGAUAAUUCGAGAAAUAAAUUAUAUACGGUGUUUCAUAACAUGGAUGAGUAAAUCAAUCCAUGAAUUUUUCAACUAAUGAAACCUGUUUUCCUUUUGCUCGUGUAACAAAAAAACCCGGCAAUGUUAAUUUGAUAUAUUUUCUUAUGCUGAAGUAUACUCCACAUAGUAUGAAACACCAUGUAAAUUGCAUAUAAUUUUUGUAACGAAACGCGUUACUUUCACCUGGUUACCUUGAAAUGUAAUCUCAACGAAUUGAAAACAUGUUCUUGAAAGGCUUAAGGAAAUUUCGCGUGUUUGUUUGUUCUAUUUUCUUUUUAUCUUCUUGUGUGAUUAAACGACAAAAGCUUCGAUUAAUUAAUUCUCUUGUUGUACAGUAUCGAGCAUAGUAGGCUUCCCUAGAAAAAAUGACGUCAAAACCUUAAUUUUGACGAUACACAAAAUAACAUCCUUUUAAUUAUUAAAUGUUACAAAAUUUAGUACAUAACUGAAAAGUACGAAUACUAAAGUAAAUAUUAAUUAAAAUUUUCCCGCGUAAAUGAUUAUAUGCAAGUAGAGGGGAAUCACGGUAUGUACAAGGUGUCGUCUCAUAACUCUUGUAACAGCCAAAAAUAGGGGGUUGCUGGGAUGAUUCCGAACAACUUUUUCCUUUACCAAAAUGUUGGUUGAAGCUUCGUUUUUGAAUUAUUAACGAAAAACACUGGCCAAUGAGAGCGCACGCUCUACGCGAGAGCGUUGGCUUUUAACCGCGCUCGGUCGUGGUCGUGAACAGACACAUUGACAUAGCGUGGGUAUCGAGGGAAGCAUGCGACUAAUUCCACAUUGUUCUUAAUUUAAGACGAUGUAACAUUUGUAGCAUGCUUCUCUCGAUACCCACGUUGUACCAAUGCGUUUGUUCACGACCACGACCGAGUGCGGUUGAGAGCCAACGCCCUCGUGGUUCAGCGCGCGCUUUCAUUGGCCAGUGUUUUUCGUUAAUAAUUCAAAAACGAAGCUUCAACCAACAUUUUGGUAAAGGAAAAAGUUGUUCAGAAUCACCCUAGCAACCCCCCAUUUCCGGGUGUUACGCGAGUCCCGGGACACCCUGUAUAUGGGGCCCUCUAUUCCUACAUCAUUUUUCUCGGGACCCUACCCUGGUAUGGACUGGGAACUUGGGAACUCGGGGGAGGCUUGGAAGCCUACCAUGCUCAGUGUUGUACAGUGUCUUGUCGAACUGAAGAAUAUAGCUUUUAGAUUGUAGAUUCGUUCACGCCUAGUUUGCGAUGUCGCGUUUGCGAUGUAGAGACGCUUUUGCUGGAGAAAAACAAAAGAACGUUUUCUUUUAGAGGUUUAGACAUUUCAAUGAAAAUAAAAUGAAAAGGUUUAUUAAAGGAUAACACCGCAGAUGAAUUAUAAAAAAUAGAUCAUUCAUAUAUUUUUAUCACACAGUUCAGGGUGGUUUAGAGCACCCUUAUCAUUUUUAUGUCACAUCUUACCUUAUCGAUUGCGAUUCAAUCAUAAUGUUAUUGGCGGUAGGAAUUAAAAUCAAAAACUUUGCGCGCAGAUUCGAAUCUCGAUGUGCCUUUUUAUUCUUUUUCGUUAUUAAAUUUAACUUUUCUAUUAUAUAUAAAUAUAUAUAUAUAUUGUGUAAACAUAAUUGUGGGAAAUUUGACAAAAUCAAAUUUCCAAAACUAGCCAAUUGGAAUACCUCUUUUAUUAUCAUCUUCACCUGAUACAAAAUUCCGAUUUUAUUCACUUCCUAAUUCAGUUUCUAUGUAUGUACUGUAAUUCCUGUGUUACAAUAAUUAUAUCUACUCUUUAAAGUUACUUAUAGGAGUAGGAUGUGGGAAAAGCUAUGCUAAAACAUUAAUUUUUGAAUUCUUUUUCAUAAGAUGCUUUUAUCGAAUAAAGAAAAUGGUUUUUACUAU